CCUCCUCCUCCUCCUCCUCCUCCUCCUCCCCGUGUCCCAGCCCGGCAUGGCCCGUCCGCCGUUCCCCCCCGCCGCCGCCGCCGCCGCCUUGUUGGCCGCCGCUUUGCUGCACUGCGCGCCCGCCGCCCCCGCCCGCCGCCACAAACCGGAUGUGUCUCGAAAGCAUCACACCUGGAAGGAGCAGAGUCCUUGGCUGUCUUCCUUGGUGAACGCUGUGGGGACCGGUGUGCCCGCCAAGGGUUUCCCCAUGGGAGCGGAUGAGCCGGCAGCGCGCUGGAACCCGCCCCGCUGCGGUGUGCCGGACCUCCCGGCGUCGCCAGAUGGCCAGAACGGGCGGAACCGGCAGAAGCGGUUCGUCCUCUCCGGUGGACGCUGGGACAAGACUGAUCUCACCUACAAAAUUAUCAGGUUCCCGUGGCAACUUGUGAAAGCUAAAGUGAGAAGGACCAUCGAGGAAGCUUUGAAAGUCUGGAGCGACGUGACCCCACUGACGUUCACCGAGGUGCAGGAGGGCCGGGCCGACAUCGUCAUUGAUUUCACAAGGUACUGGCAUGGAGAUAACUUGCCUUUCGACGGGCCUGGAGGGAUCCUGGCACAUGCGUUCUUCCCCAAGACACACCGUGAGGGAGACGUCCAUUUCGACUAUGAUGAGACCUGGACGAUUGGGAACAACCUGGGCACUGACCUCCUCCAGGUGGCUGCUCAUGAGUUUGGGCACGUCCUGGGCCUGCAGCACACGGCUGUCUCCAAGUCUCUGAUGUCUCCAUUCUACAUCUUCCGCUACCCGCUAAGUCUGAGCGAGGAUGACAAGCAGGGUAUCCAGUACCUCUACGGGAAACCCAAACUGGAUCCCGACCCAACCCCAACUCAGCCAGCAGAGCUGCCCCAGCCGGACCUCGAAACAAAUGAGAUCACCAACGUGGAGCCCGACGCUUGCGACACAGCUUUCGACGCCGCUUCCACCAUCAGAGGGGAGCUCUUCUUCUUCAAGUCCCGCUAUGUGUGGCGGCUCCGAGCUGGAAAGCUGCAGGACGGCUACCCAGCUCUGGCCUCCCGCCACUGGCAGGGGAUCCCCAGCUCUGUCGAUGCCACCUUCGAGGACCCUCUGGGCAAUAUCUGGUUUUUCCAAGAUUCUCAGUACUGGAUUUACGAUGGCGAGAGACGGGUAUCUGGUCCCACCCCGAUUGUGGAGCUGGGCCUCCCUGCAGCCCCUGUGCAGGCAGCUCUGGUGUGGGGGGCUGAGAAGAACAAGAUCUACAUCUUCAGUGGAGGCAACUACUGGCGCUUCCACCCUCACACCCGCCAGGUGGACAACAUCUACCCCCGGACCAUGGCCGACUGGCGUGGCGUCCCUCAGGAGAUCGAUGCGGCUUUUCAGGAUGAGUUUGGUUUUGCCUAUUUCUUGAGAGGCCGCGAUUACUGGAAGUUCGAUCCAGUCCAGGUCAAAGUGCUGGAGGGCUACCCACGCCAGAUCAGCCAGGACUUCUUCAGCUGUACACCUCCCUCCAACUCCUUCAGAUGAGAGGGGGGCUUGUGUCCUCCGUGCUCCCCUUCCAUCACCCUUACCUCCAGCAGCCACACAGAGGGUUCCCUCUGCCAUUCCUGGCUUCCUUCUAGGCUCAGCAUCCGACACACCGCGAGUCCGUCACCAGAGACAAAGUUUGCUCCUCUCAAGUUCCAGCAGCCCCAGCUUCAGUUGUUAUCAAUGUAAAAGCAUCUGCCACGUUCUUUGCAGGCAAGAGCGGCCACUUAAACCCUUAAUGUGGCCAUGGUCUUCCAGCAAUAGCAUCCCAGAAGCCAUCAGGCCAGCCUGGAAGGGCAUCACACACUCUUAAUUAACCUGGACUCCGUCACGUAGAACUGAUCUGAUGGCAUUUCCUACGUUUACAUAGCUCACAACAGCGGCCCGUUGCCACCGCAGCCGUGGGCCUGGGAGGAGGAUGGCUUCCACGGUGACGCCUCGCUCGGCCUCCGCGCAGGGCCGUGGACGCUGCCUGGCCCGCGGAGGAGCGCAGACGUGCGGCUGCUGCCGGGUCAGCGUCACCAGGGCUGCAGCGCGACUGCCAGGGCCCUGCUGCAGCCCCGCUCCCGGUUUUACGUUGUAUCACUAGUGUGCGUUAGGAUUUUAUACUGAUCUGUGUACAGACAAGGGGCCCCCUUCCUCCCCCGGCGCUGGGGGCCAGUGCUGGACGCUGCCCCGUCGCUCCCCUGCUCCUGCCGAGUCCGGUCCCCCACCCCGGGUCGCUCACGACUGCACUGAUGGGUCCCGCACCGGUGUUCCCAGCCUGCCUGGACUCCGGGCUGGGGGCUCACACCCUCCAGCCCCUCUCCAGCUCUUUGCACACCCUUCGUUGCUACAUAAC